UAGCAAUUCCACCUAAACUCGAACAAUAAAUAAAAUCGAAAACUGCGUUCAAAUUUUUUCCUGUAAAUUUCAUUGAAUGCUCCUCAGCUGUUCAGUAUAUAUGCAGAAAUCAUAUCAAAAUCAUCACACAAAGUGAACUGUUGAAGAAUAAAGAGUGAAUUUUGUGAAGAAUAUUGUGAAAUAUUUGUUAAAAUUUUAAAAACAAUAAACAGCAGUUGGGAAAGUAAACAAAGAAGAGUCUAAACAACAAAAAAAUAAAUAAAGCAUAAAGCAACAAGAGAAAAAAUUUUGUCUCAAUAUUUUGUCAAUAAAAAAAUCAAAAAUGUCCCAUUCUCAACCUCAAACACCUCCACUUAUGUUAAGAUCGUGUGACUCAUUAGGACUUUUGGCAGAAUCAUGGGUGGAACUAACAAAUAACUUAAUUCAAAGCUGCUCAGAUCGCGUAACACCACCACUUCCAUUUUCAUCAGGUGAUGAGUACUUGAGACUGUUAAACGAAGCACAAAAGGAAUCUAAUCAAUCGAGUCGAAUGAGUUCACGGCGUGAUACACCGAAAAUUUUUAGUCCAAAAAGUCCACCAAACAGUCCAAAUCCAGAGCCAGCAACAAAUGAAGAUGAAUUGAAGGGCAUUUUUAUAAACUAUGCAGCCAAGGAGCAAGAAAAGGAGAAGGAUGACAAAGACUGGCUUUGGCAAUGGAACAGUGGAGUUGACAAAUUUCCACCAAAAGACUGGAAAUUUGAACAUCCCGAACACAGUCACUCGAAUGUUUCAUCGCCAAUUCCGCCAUCAAUAAUGAAGGAUAAUCGUUCAAUGACUUACUCAAUGCGUCUUGCACGUGUCGGUGGAAAUUCACUCUUCUCAAAGGAAGUCCUUUAUUCGCUUGUCAUCACAAAUGUUCUGUCCAUAUUAAUUGGCGCUGGAAUUGGCGUCUGGCUAUCGAAACGCGGUUUCAUCUUUACUCGUUUGGCAAUUGAGUAAAUUUGAUAAAUGACGAAACAGGAUUUAAAACUUUUUUAUACACACAUAAAUAAUUUUUUAAAUUAAAUUAAAACAAACAGAUUUUCAAAAUCAUUUUUUUUAUCUUAAAAAGAAGUAUGAAAAUUUUACGAGAAUAAUAUUCUAAGGGAUUCGGAACUUUUUGGUCAUGUAGGUUGGUUUUGAUCAAUUUGUGUCGAG